AUGGAAAUUGAAGAAACUCCCCAUGCAUGGACACUUUCACAAACACAUAAAUUUAAUAUUCAAAACGAAAUAACAGAAAUACCUAUUAACUUAUUUGUUAUACCAUCAAAUUGUGAAACGUUUUGUUAUCUCAUAGUAUCAUAUUCUUUUGGAUUUAAUAUUUACAAAAGCAAUCAAACUGAAACACCUAUUGUUCCAAUAACUCAAUACUCAUAUAAUAAACCAAUAAUAUUUUCAUUUCUUAUUCGUAGUACAUAUAGUUAUACUUUUGAGUUAUGGUUUAUCUUUAAGAAUGAGGAUAAUUCAUUACGUAUGUCAUUUGUUUCAUUUGAUCCUUUUAAAGAUGGUUUAAUAACUGAUCCUGGUUCAUUAUCAAAGUAUGUUAUUAAACAAAAUGAUAUUAUCACUCAAGUAGAACAAAAAGAUAAUAUUCUUGCUCUUAUCUCAUUUAAUAGACUUAUUGUAAUUCGUGGACAUGAACAAAUAGCUAAUAAAUUGUUUAAAAAUGAAAUUACUGCAAUGACAAAUAAUGGAAGAAGUGUUUUCAUUGGAUUUAUUAAUGGUGAUUUGGUUGAAUACUCAAUUAUGUCUGAAUCACUUACUGAAAUUUUCCAACAUCAUGCACCAAUUACAUCAAUUACUUAUACCAUAGAUUCAUUAUAUGUUGGCACACUGGAUGGAAAGUUACAUAUACAUCCUCUUGUUCAUCGAGUAAAUUCUAGAAAAAAAAAUAUUAUAGAAUUAGAUGGUUCUGCAAUCUAUACAGUUUAUUCUAAUCAUCUUGCUAAAUUUCCAUUAAUUGUAUUGUGUAAGAAAGGCAUUCAUGUGAUUACAACUCAAUCAAAUGAGGUAAGAUUCACGCCAAUAUCACCACCACACAAUACAAAUGUUUUAACGAUGGGAGUGAAUUUAGAAAUUGGGGUUAUUGGAUUAUUAUGUGAUAAUGAAAUGACACUUUAUUCUAUUUAA